AAUAUUCUUAUUAUUUGAAUGCCCUUUAUGGACAACAGUUUGCUCAUUAUUGCUCUGAUUUGAGAUGUGCCAUUAUUCAAAGAACAUCUGAUCCACUAUUGUUCAGAGUAUAUAUAUCCACACCCUUGGUGUCAACAAUGGUUGAUGUUAUUAGCAGUUUGCAGGACUGCAUAGACAAACUGCAGAGAGUGGAAAUUGAGUGCGUGGUGGCGCAUGAGAAGGUUUGCAAAGUCAGUGGUUUAGCGGCGCAGAAGGUGGAGGAGGCGGUACAGGAGUUGCUGGAGCUCGUACAACGUCACAAGAGCCUCUGCACAGACACCGUCACACGUCCCUACCAACUCCCAAUUGCUGAGCUCGCCCGAUCUAAAAAAUGUUUGAAGAAUGAGCUUGAGCAAUGCUCGCAAACUCUGCAGAAGUUUCGUUGCGGUGAUUGCUCGGAGGACCAAGCUCUACUGCAGGUGCACUCUGGGCUGCAGGCCGUCCAACAAGCUCUCUCGGUGACCAAAUCUGUCGCGGACGUCUGCAACUGUGACAAUCAGGCAGUAAUCAAACUGUCGAAAAAUGCGAUGGAAUUAAUUAACGCUUGUUUGGAGGUGCCACAUUCUCCACAAGCAUGCAACGGUAAAAUUGAAGAGGUAUCUGAUGCAUCUGUACUUGCUGACCUCCCGAAUAAAGUGUGUGAACUCAAAACUGAUGAUGUGGCUUCCAACUCCGCUGACUUUGGUGACGAAACACCGAGAGAAAUUGAAUGCGACUUGGACAGAGCUCAGCUCUCUGUACUUUCGAACAAAAAUGUCGGCAAAGAAGGUCACGGUCUGCACUCUUUCAAGCACAUUUCUUCUGGCUAUUUUAGCAACGUCAAAUCAUGCACUGAGAUUGGUUCAAAAGUACCGAAAACAACUGUUUCGCUUGCGGACGUGCGCAAAACUUUCCCGAUUGAUAAAACACCUGAAUUUCGCUCCACCAUGCUGACCUCUCAAGAACCUUUUGUGAAGACUCGGAAAAAUGUCGAUUCCUCUCGCGAAAUGCCCAACCAUCUGAGGGGUGGAGUUCGACCGAAAACUUCCUCAUCAUUGAUUCGUAACUCGCACCUGUCUUCCUCACCGAAGCUAAACUAUGUAGUUUCCCAGUCUGGCAACCGAAACCAGACGCUAAACAUCGAAGGUAAUGUUGAUGGUUUACGGAAAAACCCUACACAUUCCAAGGAUUAUUCGUACACGAGAGAGCAGAUUUGGACAAUACGCGCUCAGGCUGAGCAAAAUAGCCGACGUUACUCAGUGGGAACCAUGGGGGCCAAAGCACCGUGGGAUGAAGCUGCAACGUUUACAAACUCUCAGGCUAAUAUUACUGGACAUCAUCGUUCAAUGUCAGAUGCGAUGCAGGUUGAUGUUGAACCAAUCUUUGAUGAAAUGAGUAAACUGCUGGCUGCAUAUGAUAGUCAUCGUCCCUCCAGCGGUGCACCGAUGCGCCCAAAACCUUUCCACAUAGAGAGCUCUGCUAUCGUGACAGUGGCGUCCAACCCAUCGCUGUUCUUCUACCGCAACAGUCAGCGUUUUCAAGAUGCGUCAAAAUUCCUCAAUUAUAUUGUUGCUCCUUCAGCCGCUCGUGUGCUGGCACCAGUUGUUGGCAAGGUAUAUCUUGGGCGCAGUCGGCAGGACAAUGCUUGGUACAGAGUUCUGGUGACCGCUCGGCAAGAAGCGCGGGACGAAAAUAAUCGCAAAAUGUCGGUGGUGUCAGUCUAUUUCUUCGAUAUCGGCACUACGGAAGAUGUUUCGUACGACAGACUGCGAAUUUGUCCGUCGGAGCUCGAGCACCAGCCAACGCUGGCCAUUCCGUGCUGCCUUGCCGGCGUCCUGCCUCCUCAGAGUUCUGAAGCAGCUGACGCUCUGGAGACUGCCGGCGACCACGAUCCGCCCAAUGCCGAGGAAAAAAUUACAUUAAACGAAGACAGUACAGAACACAGCAAGGAUUCUUGGAACGAAGAAUCUGUGAAAGUUUUUCGUCAGCUCGUACUGAACGCUAAUUUGCAAAUUUUCUUCAUGGGUGUAGAGGACUGGAAAUAUGAUCAGAAGAAAUUUCAGGUUGAGCUGCGUCGGGUGAAGAACAUUAGCGGCGUGACGUCGAACGAGUCUUUGUCUGUGCGCGAGGUGCUGCUAACUCUUGGGCUCGCGCGUCCCGACGCUGCAUCCAAGCAUCUCAAGGAUGAAAGCUCUGGCAACAAGACACCUCUGCGUCAGUUUUUCAAGCCCGAGAUGACGAUGGGACAAGAGGAGUUUGUGGUGCUUACAAGCUGUGACUCUCCUCACCAUUUCCACGUUGUAUUGGACGGCCCCGAUAACUCGGAUCAACUUGACAAGCUGCAUCACUCACUACAAAAGUUCUACUCAUCGCUUCCCAGCCUCACGGACUGGAUUAUUUUUCUGCCCAAAAUUGGAGAGGCGUGCGUAGCGAGGUCCUCGGUGAAUGGACUGUGGUACCGCGCCCUCAUCGAGGGGAUUUGUUCUGUUGUCGAGCCUGGCGAGUUGUUCGUCAAGGUCUUCUUCGUAGACUCCGGCCGACGCGAGAGUCUCCGCUACAAUCAGCUGUGCAAGAUCCGAGACUCCUUCAUGAAAUUCCCUGCUCAGGCUAUCACGUGUCACCUGGCCAACGUAAUGCCUCUCGAGGCCGUACCUGAGAACGAAGACUCCGCCAACCCAAGCUUCUGGAACAAGGAAGCCAAGGAGAUCGUCGAUGCCUUCAUAGACACACUGACUGACAGGCAAUCUUAUACUGCGACAUUCCAUGGAGUGGAUAACCACGGCGCCUACUUGGUGAAUUUGAUUGUCCAUGCUCAGCCUCAGAGCUCCCUGGACCUCGCGAACCAUCUCGUCCGCUUGGGACAUGCCCGCCAUCACUUCAGUUGGGAGCCGUCCACAAACGAGGUCGCGGGGUUGGACGGGCAGUUGGUGUCCCGCUUGAACACAUUCAUCAGCGACACCCAACGCACCGGCAGCAUCGCCGGACGGAUGGCGCUCGCCCCCUUCAAUGACGGUCGCGUGGUGAGCGAAGUGAUAUGCGAGCCUCCGAUCAUCGGCACGCGCAGUGCCAUCGGUGUGGUGUACCUCAGCGUCAUCUCGCCGUCCGCUAUCUUCCUCAGACUCAGAUCUCGCACGCAUCUCUUCAACAAGCUGCAGAGUGAACUGGAUUCUGCUUUGGACGAGGCAGCGGGCGUGGAAGGCACCCCACUUGCAGGCAAACUUUAUCUUGCCGUCUUCGAUCGUAAGCCGUACCUGGCCAGAGCCAAAAUUUUGGAGCUUCAGCAAGACUGUAACGUGAAAGUUCUGCUUGUGGACUGUGGGGAGCUGGUGAGCGUUCAGGCCUCAUCGCUGCGGGAGUUGCAGGCUCCUCUGGCGGCCAUCAAGCCCAUGGCAUUCCUUGCCUCGUUGCAUGACAUCGUGGCGCCGGGCGAUCAGCAAAAGUGGCCGUGUACCACCACAGACGCUCUGAAGGACAUCCUGUCGUCAGUGUCGAGCCUCUUCGUCCUGAAGCAGGGAAGUAGCUCAAGAUGCACUGAGCUCUAUCGGCUCAAAGUGAUUCCCGUGUCGCUGUGGUACUCCGCGUCGGUCAUCUCUGGGGACCCUGGCCCUCCCAACGCGGCUGCCGUCACUCACCGCAUCUCCGUCAGCCAGCAGCUGCUGCAAGCUGGCCUCGCACUCCGCCUUAGGACUCAUGAAAACGUGAAAUCAGCAGAUGGAAGCUAUGUGGCAUCUGUCAUUGACUGCAACGAGAUGGAGACGAAGAAUCCUUUUUCACCUCUUGAGUGCGGAGCAGUUGGCGUGGGCAGUGCUGAUCCAAAUGACUGCGUGUUGCCGGAGUCAAAACAGGUGGACGAUCAAAUGAAAAAUGGAGCUGGAGGAUCUUUCGAGGAAGAAUUUGACUCAUUUCUAAGAGACCAGCGCUUUGAAAACAAGGGCUCUGUUAAUAAUACUCAGGCCAAUGAUAUAAAUUCUGAAAAACGUGGAAAUGAGGAAGCUAAGUCUUCUUCUAGCCAACUCGAUCUGGUUCCAAAAGCCAAUAAUCUUUCCGAUAUGUUUUCUCACUCGCAUCAAAAUUCGUUCCGUCAUGAUCUGCAAAUAAAGAAGGGAAAAAGUUCCUCUUAUCCACACAGAACUUCAGUAUCUCUGAGGUACGACCAUGAAAUUUCUGAAGAGUCAAGUCGAAACGCAGAAAAUCGCGCAGACGUUUCUUUGUACUCCGAAUCGAACGAACCCCUAGACACGACACCAACCGCGGUGCAUGAUGUCCAGGAAUAUUUUCGUGAUGGAAAAUCUUCUGACCGAAAUGAGGGUGCACUUUCGAGUAAAUUUCAGUGGCUCCCUAAUCCUGAUCGCUUGUCAGGCAGUUUCUCGGCCAUCCCGACGUACGUAGAUGUUUUUGGACGCAUCCAUCUGCAUCCCGUAAAAAGUGAGCAUUGCUUGGAGUUACUUCGGGACACUCUACUCACGCAUUUCCGUCACUCUUUUCCUGAAAUGGCGAGUGUCAGCCAAAGCAAUCUCAAGUGUGGUGACGACCUUGUCGCCCGCUACGAGUCUGACUACUCCUGGAACCGGUGUACAAUAGUUGAGAUUAUGAACGACGUUGAAGUUGAGGUGCUAUUUGUGGACUACGGCAACAAGGAGGUGGUGAAUGUGAAGAACCUUCGCAGGACCCAACUGUUCGCCAACCUGCCCAUCCAGCGACACGUCUGUACGCUUGCAGACGUUGAACCUGACAAUCCUUUGGGCAAGUGGGAGAAGACUGUGCUGGACUCCCUACAUGUCUACGUCGUGGAAAAGACUUGUCGUGUUACAGUUGUUUCCGACUAUGACACUCGGACCGAUUUUGCUCAAAUCGAUCUGGUGGUGGAGCAUACGAAUUCGAGUGUGAGCAACUGGCUUGUGCAAGGUAUCAAGAAGUGCAGAUGGUCGAUACAAUCCAGCGUUGGAGCAAGCAGUGGCCGUAAGAAGAAGAGAAACAAGGGAAGAAACACCGGUGUCGUGGCUGCUCAAUCCCGCCCCUGCAAUUCUGCCCUCAUCCAAAUGCAAAUGAGAGAUGCUUCGUACUCAGCCAUGGGGCUUUCUGGACGAUCUGAUGAAUUCUCGGAUAAGGCUCCUCCCGCUGUGGAAUUGCCCCCUCUACCCCUGCCAUCUUGCGGCAUCAUCUUUCCUGUGCAUGUAUCGGCCUUCGUCAAGCCUGACUCCGUAUACAUCAUAAUGAAUUUCCCGGACUUGGCUAAACCUCCCAAUGACCCCGACUAUGUUGAAGCUGUCUGUGCGAUAUUAAGCAACGGUCCUCCCCCACAUGCUUGCCCUUACGAGAAGGUGGAAGACGGCAAAUCUGACUUUUGCUUGGUUUGCGUUCAGUUUGAGCAAGCCAUACAGCAGAAAUAUUUCCUGCUGUAUCAACUCGCGUCAAAUCUGCAACUCAACGCCGUACGGCUUCCCGCUGUAACUCGACCGGCUGCAGGUCACAUUUGCUUGGCGUAUAUUAGCCACUCUGAGAAGUGGCAGCGCUGCCAGAUUCUUGCCGCUGUGGACAUCGAGGAGCUGCAACCUGAUCAGCUCCGAGAAAACGAAAUCAGCCCAACGGAAGAGUCGCCACUCUUCAGGGUCUUCUUACUCGACUUCGGCUCUGAUGUCAUUGUCCCUCUAGCUCAAAUGCGUGUGCUGCCGCGGGAGUUAGCCGACAUCCCUGCCCAAGCUAUUUGUGUGCGUCUUCACGGAAUAAGCAACGGUGCUGGCCCAGACGAGCCCUGGGACUACGAAACCUCGAAAAAGAUGAUAGAGACAAUCUUUCCAGCUUGUUUGCCUCCCAUUUAUGCCAUCAUCGUCAGUAAGCCUGCUGACAGUCCUAUAGAGGUGGAGCUGUACCAGUCCUCAUCCCAGCACUUCGACCCAAGAAAUCUAAGCCUCGUCUACCAGCCUCUCAUUGACGCUGGUCUUCUCGCUUACCAUCCUGGUCGUGCUGAGCAGCUUGGCACUCCCAACUCCAAUCACUGAAUUCGUCUUCUUGCCACCGCCCUGCUGACUAUAGUCAUACAUAAAAUUGGAUUCUUUGACGGCGGCUUUUGAACUUUGCUUCUAUUAAUUUUUGAAAUAACUUUAAGAAUAAUAGUUUUAGCUAGGCACAGGGACCAAAUGUCCUGCCUCUUUUUCUGCUGUGAAGACGUAAGGUUCCACAUGCAAUUUUUGUGGAAGAUCGAGUUUGCCUUAGUUGGUGUAAUUGUUUCACCUUCAUCAUCUUGAGAGUAUGACUGUUGACUGCAGAGUUCGUCCACGACUGUCAAUUAGGUGACAGUGGUAAUCAUGAAAGCGGCGUAUGAUCAUUUCUGACGAGCACGAAGAGUGUUAGUAUUUAGUACAUUUGGGAAUAAUUCAGACUUGAUGCACUCGAGUAUGACUGGUAAACCCUUAUGAUUUUGAGUACAAAUGGUACCCACUUGAAAUGUUAUGGUUCAUUUAGGUAGCAGUUGUCCUGAGAACAACGUUGCGCAUUUAGACUGCUGGAGUUUUGAGCACAACUGGCACAAGCGGGCGACUGAUAUCUUGGGUGCCACGACCGGCCGGCGCUCCAGCAGCCUUUGGACCUAGCGCACAGCUGACACUUCAGUGUUUCGGAAACACAACAGUUGGUCCUGACGGUUACUAAAGAAUGAUCUCUGCCUCUCAAUUUGUUUUCUCGGUUAUUACUCUUUAGCUAAGUUUGUUUUUCGCUAAUGAAUUUGUUGUUUCUUUGUGAUUCAUAUCACUAAAUAAGGAUAUUUUGUGUUCUUUGAUUAAGAAAGGAAUACCUAUUGCAUCCACUGAUGCAUCUCUGCCUCAUUUUUUUUUCUAAACGCAUAUAUGAAACUUUUUCUUUAGGUGUUGAACAGCCGCUGAACACUAAAAAACUCACUCUGGGUGACGCUUCCUGGAAUACAGGAUAUAUUUUCUGAAGAAAUUACUCGUCAACUUCAAUUUCUUGGAUUUUUUCAGUUGAACCUAUUGCAGGGCCUUAAUUUUUGCUUUGAAAGGAUUUUGACGUAGGCAUCGAUCGAUUAUGUUUGAUUGUUCAAUGCAGUGACGUGUUAAUUUUAGAAAGCUCACGAUGUCUUCUAUUGUUUAAUGCAGUAAUGGAUUAAAUUUAGAAAGCACA